AUGCUGUCAGCCGGCGGCAUGCAUUAUCCUCAAGGUUUUGGCCGCAUGUCGAGUGCCAACAUGGUAACACACCACGACCAAGCUCCCAUGUCUGGAUUGGAUGCUCUAGCUCAGGGCUCGCAGUAUGCAUUGCAGCAACUUCACGACUCGCACCUAAACCCAGCCCCGCAAGAGCACGAUGCCUUUAGCCAGAACCAGAGCGGCCAGGACCAGAGUGCGAACAACAAGGCCAGCAGUAAUGGGGCCCCGGUGCGACGAAGAAUCAGCCGGGCGUGCGACCAAUGCAAUCAGCUGCGGACCAAGUGCGAUGGCAAGACUCCUUGCGCGCAUUGUGUGGGUAUGUUGACCAGCCGGACUCGACCACGCCCAGCCGAGACCAAGCCCGGGCUAACGCGUCAUGAUAUACANGAAUUCGGUCUUACGUGCGAAUACAAUCGCGAGCGCAAGAAGCGUGGCAAGGCUUCGCGCAAAGACAUUGCCGCUCAAUCUCAUAAUCCCGCGACGGCCACAUCAGACAAUGGCGGUAAUGACAGCCCCAAGUCGAGCAAUGAGCAAUCCGCUCCNCCGGAAAACGCCACCGAGAUGCCCCAGAACUCGCUCAAGCGCCGAAGGUCCAGCAACCACCACAUCCCUCCACCUCCGCAGAGGAGGGCCUCGAUGACUGUGCCAAAUCCACAGACCUUGGGCCCACCUCUGCCUCCACCUCCACCUCCGGCUCAAGCACAACAACCACCGCCUCAGUCCCAGCCCCAGCACCAUCUACCACCGCUAAAUCUGAGCAAAGAUGCUGUCCCGGGUGCUCCAAACGAUCGCUAUUCCAACGUACGCGCUUCAGUUGACGGCCAAAACCAACCGGCUAUCCUGCCCACUCCUCGCGCAAAUCACUCGGCAAUGCCUGACCGGGCCGCUGUCGGCGUUACAAAUUACACGGGUUCCAUGGAUGACUACCACCGCAGUGUCCUGCAGCAACCUCCAUCUGCCGUAGCCCAUCACUCCAUGAUGCCAGCCGGCGCUGCUCCCCUCUCAGCUCCGCUCACCUAUCCGAAUGGCAUGACUUUCAAUCCAGAGAGUCCCUAUGCUGUACCAAGCCCCCAAAGUCAGAACAACAAUUUCAACACAAACUUCCGCAUGGGCGAGUCACCCAUCUCUGCUCACGGCUUGAUGGGCACCUCACCGCAUGCGGGCUCUCCUGGAUGGUUACAGCUACCCUCUCCUUCUGCCGCUCUAUACACGAAUUUUCAACAACCCAACAACCAGACCUUGCGCUACCCAGUACUGAAGCCUAUCCUCUCCAGAAUCUCAGCCAUCAUACCCAUCAGUCUUGCUUGCGACCUUCUGGAAAUCUACUUCUCAAGCUCGUACAGCAAGUUCAUUCAACCUGCCUCUCCUUACGUUCUGGGCAUCAUUUUCCGCAAGAACUCCUUCCUACGCCAGAACAACCCCCGAACAUGCAGUCCUGCUCUGCUCGCGAGUAUGCUUUGGGUUGGUGCUCAGACUAGCGAAUCUGCUUUCUUGACCUCCCCUCCGUCAGCACGCGGCAAAGUAUGUCAGAAACUUUUGGAGCUCACCGUCAGUCUCUUGCGACCCCUGAUUCAUACACCUACCGAAGGCUCUACCCAAGCAGCUAAUCCCGUCGUGAAUGGUGUUGCACUGGGAGGCUUUGGUGUGGCAUUGCAUACUGCAAGGCACGAUAGCGAAGGUGGCUCUACAGGUGCUGCAGGUGCUCUGGAUGACGUUGCGACCUACAUCAACCUGGCCACCGUAGUUUCAGCAAGCGAAUACAAAGCUGCGAGUUUGCGCUGGUGGAAUGCAGCGUGGUCUCUGGCUAGAGAGCUCAAACUGGGCAGAGAACUUCCACCCAACCCGGAUCCGUCAAUGCAACAGGAUGAGAGCGCGAUCGCCGAAGGAAACGCAGAAAACGACAUGGGCAUCAACGGCCAGCAGGGUUUUAACUCACGGCGGUUCAGCGGUAUGCCUGCAUCCAUGUCACAACCGGGCUCGGUGACCGAAGAAGAAAGAGAAGAGAGGAGGAGAGCCUGGUGGCUGCUAUACAUUGUCGACAGACACCUUGCGCUUUGCUACAACAGGCCGCUUUUCCUCUUGGAUGCUGAGUGCGAAGGCUUGUUGCAGCCUGAAGACGAAUCCGUUUACCAGGCGGGCGAAUACUACACGACCGAAAAUAUGCCCGAGACAUACUACCGUCGGAGAGGUCCGCCGCUGGAAUGCACUGGACAUAGCAUCUUUGGUUACUUCUUGCCAUUGAUGACCAUCUUGGGUGAGAUCGUGGACCUAAAUCAUACUCGCAACCAUCCUCGAUUUGGUAUGCGGUUCAGAAACGGCACAGAUUUGGACGAUAUGGCACAUGAGAUCAGUCUCCAGCUGGAUUCAUAUGGUCGCAGCUUGGAAGCGUUCGAAGCGCGAUUCAUUCCGACCGAUGGAACCAACCCUGACGGCACGCAUGUCGACAACGCUAGCCCAUCGAACCAAUCUACCAGCAGCAACCGCAUCACCGAGACCAUCCUUCUUACCAAGACGAUCGUGGCUUAUGGAACACAUUUGAUGCACACGUUGCAUAUUCUUCUGAAUGGCAAAUGGGACCCCAUAUCUCUCCUAGACGACAACGAUUUAUGGAUUUCCUCACAAUCGUUCGUCUCAGCUACUGGGCAUGCUGUCUCGGCUGCCGAUGCCAUCAGUGGUAUCCUGGACUAUGACCCAGAUCUCAGUUUCAUGCCUUUCUUCUUCGGCAUCUAUCUUCUUCAAGGUAGCUUCUUGCUACUGUUGAUUGCGGACAAGCUGCAGGGAGAGGCAAGUGCGAGUGUCGUCAAAGCAUGCGAGCAGAUUGUCCGAGCUCAUGAGGUCUGUGUCGUGACUCUGAACACAGAAUAUCAGGUUUGUUUCACCGCCACCGACAAUUCUGAACGUCAACUAACAUCUUGCNNACAGAGAAACUUCCGAAAGGUCAUGCGCAGUGCUCUGAGUCAAGUCCGCGGACGCAGUCUCGAAGACUUUGGCGAACAGCAGCAACGCCGCAGGGAGGUGCUUGCUCUAUACAGGUGGACAGGAGAUGGGUCUGGGUUGGCGUUGUAG